GACGGCAGCAAAACCCAAAUAAACAGCGACCAGAAGCCGAACCAAGUUCCGGCACACGCGCGAACCCCCACCGCCGGCCUCCGACUGAGAAAGGGAGGGAAAGUAAGGGAGGGACGGAAAUCCAACGCCGCGGCGGGGUCGGAGGCUUUGCCAGCCGACCAAUGCGGCGGGAGAAGCGGCUCUACAGCUUCCUGGGCCUCCUCCUCCUCCUCGCCGUCGUGUACCUAAACUGGCUCCCGGGCCGCGACCCCGCCGCCCCCGGCGGCGGCGGCCUCAAGCUGCCGGUGCCGUGGCUGCAGCCGCGGAUGUCGUUCGCGGGCCGCAACGGCACCCACUUCGUGGACGCCGACACGGGCGCGCCGCUCUACGUCAACGGCUGGAACUCCUACUGGCUGCUCUCGUCGCGGUCGCCCGCGCUCGUGUCGGAGAUGCUGCGCCGGGGCCGCCGCAUGGGCCUCGGCGUCUGCCGCACCUGGGCCUUCAUCGACGGCGGCCCCGGCGCGCUUCAGAUCUCCCCCGGCCGCUUCAACGAAGCCGUUUUCCAGGUAUUGGAUUACAUUAUAUAUGAAGCCCGGAGAAAUCAUAUUAGGUUGAUUCUUUGCCUUGUCAACAACCUUGAUAACUUCGGAGGGAAGGCCCAAUAUGUUAAGUGGGCACAAGCAGCUGGAGCUAACUUGACGAAUUCAACCGAUUCUUUUUUCUAUCACCCAACCAUUAAGGGUUACUACAAGGAUUUUGUGAAGGCAAUAUUAACCAGAAGGAACUCUUACAGUGGAAUCAGAUACUCUGAUGAACCUGCUAUAUUUGCUUGGGAACUCAUGAAUGAGCCUAGGUGUGUGUCCAACUCAUCUGGUCCCCAUCUUCAGGCUUGGAUAGCAGAGAUGGCAGCGUAUGUCAAGAGUCUGGACACUAAACAUCUUGUUACAGUAGGAAUUGAAGGGUUUUAUGGCACUGGAAUAGCUGAGAGGCUGGGUUAUAAUCCUGGGGACUGGGCAGCUUCAUUCUGCUCAGACUUCAUACAGAACUCAGCAGUCGAGAAUAUUGAUUUUGCAUCGGUGCAUGCUUACCCUGACAGCUGGCUACCAAAGGCAAGCAUGGAAGAAAAACUCAGAUACCUUUCCAGUUGGGUUGAUUCACACCUUAAUGACAGCGAACACAUCUUGAAGAAACCCGUUCUGUUCUCAGAAGUAGGUUACCUGCAGCACGUAGAUGGUAACAGCACAGUUGAUAGAGAUAUUCUUCUAAGAGUUGUUUACGACAAAAUCUAUGAUUCAGCGAGGAAGCUUCAGGCAGGCGGUGGUGCUCUUAUUUGGCAGUUGAUGGUAGAAGGAACACAUAUGUACCACGAUGACUUCUCCCUGGUGGCACGUGAUCAUCCCUCGACUUAUAAGUUGAUAACGGAGCAGUCUUGUCGAUUGCAAAUGCUGUACAAGAAUGAUAAGAGACCCUGACUGGCAAUGUCCGAUACAGCCCUAGGAAUUUUACUGCCAUUGAUAGCGGGAAACCCCGCUUUAUCAAACAGAAACUUGUCUUCAGCAUUAUCUUGAACAAGACUGCCUAUAGAAGCGAACAGCUGACUGACAGGAUGUGUAUAGCAACAAAACGUUUGUAACUAGUGAUAGAUUACUCAUCAAAUGCAAGCAGGUGGCGUUUGAAUUUGUCUGUGGUAAUUACCGUUUUUUUACUUUUGUCUGUCAGCCACCAAUGUGGUUGCUAGCAUUCUUUCCAUAGGUGUACGCAACUUGUUAGCUACUUUGUUUCUUGGCCACAUGAAUAGCAAGAAGAAUUUCAGAAAUAUCGGAUUUGCUUUA